UCCCCUCCCCCGCCCCUCCUAGCCGAUCGGCGUGCGCCUGCGCACGGGAGACCGGAGGAGUCUUACCCUAAUGUAAGAUGGUGGCCCGUCUGGCUGUGGAACCCACCGAAAGCUGAGAGUCUCUCUCUCAGCCGUAAAGGUCGGACUCGCUGAAGCAAUCAGGCCCGGUGCUGAAGAGUUUUUUCCCCGACGCUCGUUCGGUGGUUUCUUGUGAGGACGCGGCAGCGCGUGGAGUCGGCUGAGGGAAAAGCGAGGCAAGGCAGGCGGGUCGUCAAAGUUCUACAUUUUAGCUUUCAGUGCUGAACUUCAUUCUCCCUUAAAUUAUUAUAAACUUUUGCUGCUGUUUAAUAAACGUGAAGAUGUCUCGCAGUCCUGAUGCGAAGGAAGACCCUGUGGAAUGCCCUCUUUGCAUGGAGCCCUUGGAGAUAGAUGAUAUCAACUUUUUCCCUUGCACCUGUGGCUACCAGAUUUGCCGAUUUUGUUGGCAUCGAAUUCGCACUGAUGAAAAUGGGCUUUGUCCUGCAUGUAGAAAGCCAUAUCCAGAAGACCCAGCAGUUUAUAAACCACUCUCCCAGGAAGAACUGCAAAGGAUAAAGAAUGAGAAAAAACAGAAACAAAAUGAGAGAAAACAGAAAAUAUCAGAAAAUCGCAAACAUUUGGCUAGUGUACGUGUUGUACAAAAAAACCUCGUCUUUGUUGUAGGUUUGUCUCAGCGCUUAGCAGACCCAGAGGUUUUAAAACGACCAGAAUAUUUUGGGAAGUUUGGUAAAAUACAUAAAGUUGUCAUCAAUAAUAGCACAUCAUAUGCAGGCUCACAGGGUCCAAGUGCCAGUGCUUAUGUAACCUAUAUCCGGUCAGAAGAUGCUCUCAGAGCCAUACAGUGUGUCAACAAUGUGGUAGUAGAUGGCAGAACACUUAAGGCCUCUCUAGGUACAACAAAAUACUGCAGUUAUUUCUUAAAGAAUAUGCAGUGUCCAAAACCCGACUGCAUGUAUCUUCAUGAAUUGGGGGAUGAGGCGGCCAGCUUCACAAAAGAGGAAAUGCAGGCGGGUAAACACCAAGAAUAUGAACAGAAGCUACUUCAAGAAUUAUAUAAAUUAAAUCCCAAUUUUCUUCAGCUAUCUACGGGUUCAGUUGAUAAAAAUAAGAACAAAGUGACACCACUGCAGAGGUAUGAUACCCCCAUUGACAAACCUUCAGAUUCUCUCAGUAUAGGGAAUGGUGAUAAUUCCCAGCAGAUAUCUAACAGUGAUACGCCUUCACCACCACCUGGUUUGUCAAAAUCCAAUCCAGUCAUCCCCAUCAGUUCAUCCAAUCACAGUGCACGGUCCCCUUUUGAAGGGGCAGUAACAGAGUCACAGUCGUUGUUCUCAGACAAUUUUCGCCAUCCCAACCCUAUCCCAAGUGGGCUUCCUCCUUUCCCCAGCUCCCCACAGACAUCCAGUGACUGGCCUACAGCACCAGAACCACAGAGCCUCUUCACAUCAGAAACAAUCCCGGUAUCAUCCUCUACAGACUGGCAAGCAGCUUUUGGCUUUGGUUCUUCUAAACAACCAGAGGAUGACUUGGGUUUUGAUCCCUUCGAUGUCACUCGAAAAGCCUUAGCAGACCUGAUUGAGAAGGAACUGUCCGUUCAAGACCAACCUUCCCUUUCGCCCACAUCUCUUCAGAACUCCUCUUCACACACUACAACCGCCAAAGGUUCAGGCUCUGGAUUUCUGCAUCCUGCUGCACCUACAAAUGCCAAUUCUCUCAAUAGUACCUUUUCAGUCUUGCCCCAGAGGUUUCCUCAAUUUCAGCAGCACCGAGCAGUUUAUAAUUCAUUCAGUUUUCCAGGCCAGGCAGCCCGCUAUCCUUGGAUGGCCUUUCCACGCAAUAGCAUCAUGCACUUGAACCACACAGCAAACCCCACCUCAAAUAGUAAUUUCUUGGACUUGAAUCUCCCGCCACAGCACAACACAGGUCUGGGAGGGAUCCCUGUAGCAGGGGAAGAAGAGGUGAAGGUUUCGACCAUGCCACUGUCAGCCUCUUCCCAUUCAUUACAACAAGGACAGCAGCCUACAAGUCUCCACACUACUGUGGCCUGACAACAGAACUGAGAGGAGAGGAUUAGACUCUGGGGAGCUUGCAUGGGCAACUGGAUUUUUGCAUGAUUCCUUUCUGAUUUUGCAUUUAAUGUAUACACCCAAAGAGACAAUAUAAACGUUCCUCAUGCCUACAGCUAGCGUGUUACCUCCUAGUUGCUGAAGUAUUUCUUCAUUAGGCCUUUAACAUAAUUUAUUAGUGUAAUAAUUUUGGCAUUGUGUCUCAUGAGUGAUACUAUUUCUAACUCAUAAUAAUAAACUUGUAGUACUAAGCUCCCAGGUGAGAUUAGCUAGAAUUGUUCUUAUUUUGGCUCUGUUACUGAAAAAUUAUACAAAGGUAAUGGUAGUUCCUUGUUUUCUAGUUUGUGAGAAAAAUGAUAAUAUCCUAAUCUGAAAAUUUUGAAAAUUAACAAGAUAAUGUCUAUUGUAUUCUUUGAAUAUUUGAGAAGAAAGAAUACAUAUAAAACAAAAUUGGUGGUGUCAUUUAAUGCUCAGAAGGAAAUUGUUGGCGAUUGUUUUAGUUGUCUAGAUUUAUGUCCUAUAUUAUGCAUUAUGUGUGUAGAAACUGUUUUGUUCUCUCUUUUGCACUUUUGCACUUUCUUUUUGAAUGGUUGUUAAUUAUGCAUAGAUGGUUGAAAGAUAAUCAUUAUAGCCUAAAUGCAAUAUAAUCUCUUUUCUAAUGCACUGCCUAGUAUACCAGGAAAUGCCUCAAAAACAGAACUUCAGUUGACUUAUCUGAAACUUGAAUAUGGAGUAUGUAUGUGAGAAGCAACUAUAGUAGUGUAACAUUGUUACUGAACAAACAGUAAUUCUGUGGGAUAUUGUCUUGGAAAUUUCAUUGCUUAAUAAUUAAAAUGUGAUAAUAAGAUAAUAUAAGUACCUGACCAGAAUGAGACUAAGGCAGAAGAGAUUGGGUGUCCUCUAAAAUUAGGCCACCUAAAUUGUAACAGGUAAUUUUAAUCAAGAGAAUAGUGGAGUACUUUAUUAGGACAUAAUGUGAAGUGAUAUUUCUGAAAACACAUUUCUUGAAAUAGUUUUAAACUGAUAAUAAAAGAAAAGAAACUGGACUUGGUUCUGAGCAGUGAACAAAAGCUGAUUCAGAAAACAUGACCAUACUCUGCCUAAAUGAAGCAUCUGGGAAGAAAGGGAAAGUCACACCUCCUCUUGAGAUUUUAACCAUUGUGAUAAAAGGUAUGCUUUAAUUUGUUAAAGUAUGGAAGGGGAUAAUGUGAAUACAAAAUAAGAAGCCUAGAGAUUGAAAAUAAUAAUAAUAGAAUAUGUCAUUAGGAGAUGGUACUUAAAGUCAUGUUGAAGUUGGAGUUUUCAAGGUUACCUCUAUAUAAAAUUGGAUUACUUUCUAUAUAAUGUGACAAAUUAAAUGACUUUAUCCCAAGGUACAGUGAAGUAAACAAAAAUCUAUUCUUAGAUAUCCUUAGAUUUGGUUAACUGAGGCUGUAGAAGCAGGUAAUUGUCUAGCCAUUUAAGUUAUUUUUGUAAAAUUCUGCAUAAAUAUCAAUCUCUAAUUUUUAUCUAGAAGUGAUUUUAAGACAUUACAAGAACAUUGCCAAUUUGAAAAAUACCAAUAAAAUACUGUAGACUUAUUAAACAUCAGCCUUUUACUAUAGCUUAAUUUAAUUAUGGUUUUCAUUUUUGCUGUAAUGGCCAAGACUUCACUUAUGUCUCCUGUGGGGCUGAGGUUCCUGGGCCUUGUUAUUACAGCAAAAGCUGGCUCCUUGUAAUGAUGCUUACUAGCUCAAAGCUUUCUCCAGCCUUCAGCAUUAGACUUUCAUUGUCUGGAUCUUCUUACAAAGCCAUAGCAAGUGCUUAGCUCCAUUUGCUCCUUGGUGUUGAGAGACGUACCUGGCUUCUUUCCUUUCUCAUUCAUUCAUCAGGUAAUUUGCCCAGAUUUGCCAGAGCCCUAAAUAAAAUCCCAAAACCAUCUCCCUGCCUGCUUCUCCUUCCCACCCAUACUUUUUGGGCAAUUAGACUUUUACUACUGAAUUUUUGCAUAGAAUGGCUAAACGAGAUCUUUGACCCACUUUGUAAUUCCUAGACCUUCUUUGUAAGCCUUGCUUACCUAAUAUUUUAAAUAUAUAUUUCAAAAAGUUGAAGUCUUAAAAUCAUAGUCAUAAUUAAUUUUACACUAACGCACAGAAGAAAUUAUACAUCACAUAAAAGCAGCCACUACUUCACAUUAACAAGCAAAUUGAAACCAAAAUGGGAGAAGAAUGAUUCUUUAAAAGCUUCAGGUUUUUUGGUUGUUGUUAAAUUCCUUUAUGAUGCAUCAUGUGCAAUGAAAACUUAAUAUACUUUUACAUCCUUAACCUUUAUAAAGUGACUAGCUUUUCCCUUAAGAUAGGAAUUUUUAACCUGGAGCCCAGACUUUUGAGCGUACAUACAAAACUGUGGGUUUAUGUGCAUGUACAUAGUCCAUUUUUUCUCUGGGGAGAAGAUCCAUAUUAUAGAUUUGCCAAGGAUUUGGUAAUAUCCUUCUCCUGUGAGGGGAAAAAAACAGAACAGCUGCCUUGAAAUGUUUUUAGUGCCACUGUAGGGAAUAGAGUCCUGUACUGAAUGAUUUUAGUUGUAUGAUGAAUGAUAAAUGCCUCUUUAUUUUCUCUAAGAUUCCAUUAGAAAAUAUUUUUCUGACUAAUAAUGCUUUUCUUUUCAUUCUGUUAUUGAGUUUUGGUUUUUCACAUUACUUUUGUAUAUUCUCCCCUUAUUUCGACAAAGCAUUAAUUAAAUAUUUGAGUACCUAUGCUAUAUAGUGACUUUAACUAGAGCUUGCGGGACAUAAGGUUGAAUAAAAUACAGACCCUAUCAUCAAGGAUAAUUCUAGUGACAAUUACAUUUCACAUUAUUUCUAUCAAGGUUAGCUCUUGAUAAUAUUUUAAUCACAGGAACCACCAGAGCAGUCCAGAGUCAUUUUAUUAUUUAUCAUCUCUCAGUAACUGCUCUGAUAGUGGCAACAAAGGGUAUUGAAUACUUAUAUUUCAAAUUUUUAAAUGUAUGAUAAUUUGGAGGGGGGGUGAAAAAAAUCUUAAUAGAAAAGACAUACAUUCAUUAUUUUACGUGUGCGUGAGCUCAUGUCUCUUACUCUUAGUAUCCUAGGAAUUAAGUAAACCCUUCUAUGUAGGUAUUCCUUUAAAGAAAACAACUUUAAUGCAUUUUGUCUGUACGUAUUUCCACUGAUAUGACUCCUGUUUGUGUGGUGGUCCAAGUACUGUGAAGACUGCCAGAGCUCUAGUCUGCUGUGACACAGGUCCAUAAUGAGGUGCUCUCACAGAGGCAUUGCCUCAGAAAGACAGAGAAAGGAACAAAUGGCAGUUGCUUUGAAGUCUUACAGUGACCUAUAGGGGUUGGGGUAGGGCAGUAAGAAAAUUAGCUGAGGUAUUUGGGUAUAGGUAAGCUUGGAUAAGUGUGCUUAACGCCUUGAAAACUAGAAGAGUUUAGUCUUGAUGCAAAUAUGGUCAGUGGUAGAGAACUGUAGGUUCUUGGCAAAACUGUAGCUUGAUUGUAGCAUUUUAAGAAGAGCAGUUGGGCUGGGUGCGGUGGCUCAAGCCUGUAAUCCCAGCACCCCAGCACUUUGGGAGGCCAAGGUGGGCGGAUCACAAGGUCAAGAGAUUGAGACCAGCCUGGCCAACAUGGUGAAACCCUGUCUCUACUAAAAAUACAAAAAUGAGCUGGAUGUGGUGGCGUGCACCUGUAGUCCCAGCUACUCGGGAGGCUGAGGCAGGAGAAUUGCUUGAACCCGGGAGGCGGAGAUUGCAGUGAGCUGCGAUUGUGCCACUGCACUCCAACCUGGUGACAGAGCAAGACUCUGUCUCAAAAAAAAAAAGAGCAAUUGGGUAACAGAUUUGAUUGCAAUUAGGACCAGUUAGAAAGUAAUUCCAAUAGUAUGCCAUUGCUGGCCAGUGCAAUUAAGUUGGCUUACUAGUACAGUAGACGUUGGAGUGGAGAAGCACUAUGAAUUAAAAAUUGGAAAGCAUAAGAGCUAAGAAGAGGCCUUCAGAUUUGGUUAGAUCUCUGGUGAUCUUUAAAAAUGUAACUUCCUUAGAAAGGUACAGAAUGGAGGCCCAUCUUUUUAGGAUUCAUGAGGAAAAGUCAAGAAUAUAUAUACAGCAAUCACUGACUACGUAGUGUUAAGACAUUUAACAACAAAGUUGAAAAGAAAAACAACAUGCUAACUAGAUGGGUGGUAGAUUUUAGAAGGCGUUGCUUUAAUAUAAGGGGAAAGAAGAACCUAAAUAUUUAAAGGCAGAUCAUACAGAGCCAGUUGAAAGGAAGAGAUUGACAGUGCUGAGGAGAAGAUAGGCUUGUUCAGUAGAAUAACAGAUGUGUUCAGAUGGUGGGAAGAGAUAAGCUCCUGAGACAAGUAUGUGGGUUAGCUUAAGAGAGGUGGGCUAUAUUUUCCUUUGUGAUUUGUAGAUCAAGAAGAACUUCGGGAAAGAGAUGAGAAUUGGUGAAAGGUGUCAUAUCAGUCAUUAUAAAAAUGCAUUGUUGUUUGAAAAUGGGGUAAGUGGAAUUGGGAGUCUGUUAAAGAAGGAGAUUAAAAAAAAAAAGUGUUCUGUGAGAAUAAGCCCAGAAGUGCAUUAGAAAUAGUUGCUGUGUAAAGAUAAGAGUCAGCUUAAAGAUAUUUAAAGUUCAAAUAUAUAUGGUUUUGUAUGUUCCUCUGUUUUAGCACAAAGCAUUAGGAGUGGAAAAAGCAAAUAUGGAGAGUUUGGUUAGAAGGGGAAAAAGAAAAAGACAUAGAGAUAUUCAAGAAGACCACAUUGAAAUGCAUAAUCUUGGGCCAAGAAGAGUCCAUUAAGGCAAUUUCCUGUGAACAGAUGGUGUGAGUGAUGCGGAAGGGAGUUGAAUGGUUUUAGAUUUUGAUGAUGACAAAGAACAUGUUAGUGUUGUUAAGGGCAUGACAACUAGGAGACUGUGGUCACUGUGAUAACCACUCAAUGCUAAAUGAUGUUGGAGAACCACAGAAAGGAGAGGGCUGGAGGUUGGAAAGAAGUUUGGCUUUUGUAACCCCUUGUGUUCUCUCCUCCAGUCUUUUCAUGAGUCUGGGAAGUCAAACUAUAUGAGAGAGAAUUGUAGAAAGCAUGGAAGCAAUUCCAUGCAUCCGCAGUUGGGCACCUGGGGAAUCCUGGGUCAGGUUUUCUGUGAGUUGAAAAUGAUCAAAGAAAAACUUCCUUCCUCGAAGCAGGUAGGAGGACAUGGAAGCAGAGUGCUGGGGAGGACCAGGAAAAGCCAGGGAAGACAUGAGACAGGUGUAAGUAAGCAAGUCCCAGUAAGUGUGAGGAAUUGGUAGAAAUGUUAUUUAUGCUGUGAAAGAUUUAGACAGAGGGAUUAGGUAUGGGAUAUAAUGAGUUUGGUAGUUGAGGAGUCCAUAUUACAGGUAAUGUAGCUUCUCCCAAGCUCACGGGUAAACUGGAAAGUUUUUUUGAACAUGGGCUUCCACCUAUGUCGGGAAAGUAUCUCUUCUUACAUAGUUGGGUUAGGUCAUUCUGCUUUAUUCAUUUAUCAAAUAAUAAAAGUAAUUUACUGGGAAGAGUAGAGAGAAAUUAAGAAUUUUAUUAUAACAGGUUUUAAAAAUAUUUUGAUAAUUUCCCCCAAAGAGAAUGUACUAUAUGAAUAAAUAAAAUCUACAAAUGAUUUGGCUAAUUUACUCUUGUUUCUUGUAUUUUGUAUACUUAGGAGGUGACCUUUCAGAAAGAAUUACUGAAGAAGUAGUAGAGCAGGGUGGAGAUACUCUAUGCAGUCAUCCCUAGGUAUCUGUAGGGGAUUGGUUCCACAGAUAGCAAAAUUCUUGUAUUCUCAAGUUCUUGAUAUAAGAUAGUGUAGUAUUUGCGUAUGACCUACCUGCAUAUAUAUGGAAGGCUAUAUGUUUUCAAUCUCUAGAUUACUUCUAAUACCUAUUACAGUCUAAGUGCUAUGUAAAUAGUUUUUUAGAGAAUAAUGACAAAACCUGUAUGCUUAAGAAAUAUACACAAUUU